AAUAGCAGCGGUGGCGUCACUCUGACGUCACAACAAGCUCAGCGUUACUCAUCGUUACAAGAUAUUGCUUCAGCUCGCGCAGAACAAGUCAUCUGGAGAUAUGGUUUGCAUUCCCUGCAUCGUCAUCCCUGUGCUGCUGUGGGUUUAUAAGCGCUUCCUGGAGCCCAUCAUCUAUCCGUUCAUCUCUCCCUUCAUCAACCGCUUCUGGAGGAAAGAAGCCGUGCAGGAGACUCAGAAACACAGCAUUACUGAAUGUAAUGGAACGGCAAACGGAGCCACGGCAAACGGAGCCACGGCAAACGGAGCCACGGCAAACGGACCGAAGACGACGACUGAUAAAAAAGCCGACUGACAGAUCUCACGGCUCUACAGUCAUCACUGAUUAUAUUUUAGAAUGUAGAUAUAAACUAAUAUAUGAUCCUGUCACAUUGCUUACACAAAAUACUUUAAUAACGUUUAAUAAAAAUGAAGACAGUUAUCUGUAGAUUUUGUUUUUAUCAUUCCAUGAUCAUUUACUGAUUCUACCUUCCACUCAGAUCAACUGCAGAUUCUGUCUAUGACUUAUGAUGCUUAAUUUAAAAUAAACAUUGAAAUAAUUUA